UUUAACGGUAUUUUUCUAAGCCAGUGUAUGAGGGGUUGCAGCCAUUUGUCAUCGAUCUGUUCUCUGUUAUUUAACUGCUACAGAUAAGUACCUCCUCUCCGUUGGGCGAACUUCGGAACAACCACGACUUAGCGCAGAUUCCCCCUCUGUUUUCUGGGCUGGCUUUGCUGCCAGCUGAAUCUGGUCGGGAUGGAUCCAGCGAGCCGUUACCAAGUGUUGCACAAUGAGGACGACUCCUCAGAGGCGUCGACCAGCGAGCAGCAGCCGUGCACUUCUGCCACAGCCCAGGCCGGGACGUCCAGCCAGGAACAGAGCCAGGCCCCGGCCCAGGCCAGCCCGGCUCCUGUCCCAGCAGCAGGAGAGCCAUCGGGAUCAAGGACUCAGGGGGAGUCGGAUGCACCUCCACCUCCUUAUGCUUUCAUCGACCUGGGAGCAACCGCCGCAUCGCCCGAGACUAGUUUCCAAGGCGACUUCCCAGUGCCUCCGCCCUACAGCGUUGCAACCUCACUGCCCACAUAUGACGAAGCGGAGAAGGCCAAAGCGGCCGCCAUGGCUGCCUCCACUGUGGAGGUGAUGCCGAGGGAUGAUGAGUUCCCUCCCAGAGAUGAUUUCAGUGAUGCUGAUCAGCUGAGAGUCGGGAAUGAUGGAAUCUUCAUGUUGGCCUUUUUCAUGGCCUUCCUGUUCAACUGGAUCGGGUUCUGCUUGUCCUUCUGUCUGACCAAUACCAUCGCAGGACGCUACGGGGCCAUCUGUGGCUUUGGGCUUUCUCUCAUUAAGUGGAUUCUAAUUGUCAGGUUCUCGGAUUACUUCACCGGCUACUUUAACGGUCAGUACUGGCUCUGGUGGAUCUUCCUGCUGCUUGGUCUGCUGCUGUUCUUCAGGGGUUUCGUUAACUACCUUAAAGUCCGCAACAUGUCAGAGAAUAUGGCCACCUCUCAUAGAACACGCCUCUUCUUCCUCUACUAAAAAGUUUCCUUCUCAUCACCAUUCCUCUCCAAUGUGAAGUUCCUUCCCCCCCCUCCAAUGACCUGACUGAGGAGCCCUGCAGUGAAGAGAGGAGCUGGGGAAGGACUGAAGGAAAGAAGUAGGGAGAAAGUGUUAAAACCAGUCUUGUUGAAAGCAUAACAAGGCUUGCUCUGAAACCUUUGCUUCUUCUGAACCUAGCCCCCCAAAAAGUGAUCCGAUUUACCCCCAGACUUUUAUUUUCUUUGAUUCAAAGCUCAGUCUGCUCCAGGAUCAGUAGAAAAACCAGUCUGACAGAAGUGUGGUGUCUCUCAGGAGUCCUUUAGAGAUAUUCAGUGCCCAUCAGCUGUUCCAAAACCAGAUAUUUCUAAGAGACAGACGCACUUAAGAAGCACAAUAUUUCUCAUCAUCUCAAAACCAAGAAAGACUCAUAAGAUAAAAGUUCAGACCUACUCUGAGCCUUCAGUAUUUCAGUAUCUCCUCCAUCUUUGCCUUUUUCUGACUUUUUAACAAAGAUCAAGCUCACAACAGGAAACCUUGGACAGAGUAGUUUUCCAUUCCACCUUCUUAUUUUCAGGGUGUUUUUUUUAACAAGUCUUACCUUAACUGUGCCGACUGAGGCCGUGUUCAGUUUUCUACCCUUAAAACAACCGUGUCAUCUUCAGGGAGGAGAGCCACAGAUGUGUUUACAUAUCACAGACCCUGAUGCGUGUAGGCUUUUCAACCCAAACCCAAAUUAACACGGCUUUUCUCCACUAUCAUGACAGGAAAAUAGCCUCAUUGUUUUUAAUAAUUUGAUUGUAUGUGACUGUAUUUAGUUCAGUAAUGCUGGACUGGAUGAACUACUGAAACAACGAUCAACUUUUCAAAAUAGACGAGCCUUUGAACAAAUUUUAGGAUUCGUGUAAGAGCAGCUUUGCUUGCUAUCAGACAAAACAGAAGAAGAAAGGUCGGUUCAUUGCAGGUUAAAAAAAAAGUGCACACAAAUGCUUCUCUAUAGGAGUACUCUUUUUAAUGUGUCUGCCUUUUAAUAGUAGUUCUAACGAUGUUCUGACCUAUGCAGAGAAAGUCUUCAUCCAUCACAAAGGCGUCUUUAGUUUAAUGAAGAUAAAGGUACAUUAAAAUAAUUUAACAGCCAAGGUUCCUCCUUUAACCUGACCCAUCUUUGUUAGCAUUAGCCUCCUUUAUUUCAGUUUGUGUUUCUUCUCUCAGACUUAGUGUAGUGCACUUUUUAGUUCUUAAACUCCACAUGAGAGUUGUGUUACACCUGCAAACGUUACAACUGCCCACAAAUGUCAUAAAAUACAAUCAGAACACAAACCUGCACCGCAGUAGUCCUACAAAUGUGACGGCUGUCACAUUAGCAUGGAUUAUUCUGUUUCUAUGGGUCAGGCUGCAGAGGAAGUGCCGGUUCAACGAACUUCCUGUUUUAUAUUUUAUUCAUGAACAAAGUCUGGCAGCUACAUUCAUGACGUAACCGCACUGCAAACAUCACAGAUGUGGUUAGAUGUUACACUUCAUAAAUCAGAGAGUAAGCUCAGAGGUCUAGCCUGGGACUAAAUCACCUAUGGAUCCGUUUUAGAGGUAGAUACGCCAACAGUGGCUCGCUUUAGCUAAAGCUAACAUAGCUACAUUUGCUACAUAAUCAACAUUACUACAUUAGUUAGCUUUCCCAACAUGAGCUUUAGCAAAUGUAGCUAAAGCUACCAUAGCUAUGCUAGCUACAUAACGUUACUACAUAAGUUAGCUUUACCAACAUGAGCUUUAGCAAAUGUAGCUAAAGCUAACGUAGGUACAUAGAGAAUGUUCAACUUAAUCUGCUAGACAGGUCAGUAACAAACUUGUAGCAAAUAUAACACAUUCAACUUGUGUGACGUCAGCUCCGAAAUCUGACUUCUGAAGUAAAUGGAAUGCAGCAGUAGCUACGUAGCUGCUUUGUUAGCUUAGCUUGGCUACGUAGGGGUCUGCUUGCUGCAUUAGAAUAUUGUUAACUCUGAUUAUUUGUAUCCUAACUGUUACACUUACCCUAAACAGAAGUUUAACCUGGUUUUAAUUUGAAAGUUUUAGUGUGUAUUUCUGUUCUGAAUCAGAGCGUCUCAGUGAUUGGUUCUGAAUCAGAGCGUCUCAGUGAUUGGUUCUGAAUCAGAGCGUCUCAGUGAUUGGUUCUGAAUCAGAGCGUCUCAGUGAAUGGUUCUGAAUAAGAGCGUCUCAGUGAAUGGUUCUGAAUAAGAGCGUCUCAGUGAAUGGUUCUGAAUCAGAGCGUCUCAGUGAUUGGUUCUGAAUCAGAGCGUCUCAGUGAAUGGUUCUGAAUCAGAGCGUCUCAGUGAAUGGUUCUGAAUCAGAGCGUCUCAGUGAUUGGUUCUGAAUCAGAGCGUCUCAGUGAUUGGUUCUGAAUCAGAGCGUCUCAGUGAAUGGUUCUGAAUCAGAGCGUCUCAGUGAAUGGUUCUGAAUAAGAGCGUCUCAGUGAAUGGUUCUGAAUAAGAGCGUCUCAGUGAAUGGUUCUGAAUCAGAGCGUCUCAGUGAAUGGUUCUGAAUCAGAGCGUCUCAGUGAAUGGUUCUGAAUAAGAGCGUCUCAGUGAAUGGUUCUGAAUCAGAGCGUCUCAGUGAAUGGUUCUGAAUAAGAGCGUCUCAGUGAAUGGUUCUGAAUCAGAGCGUCUCAGUGAAUGGUUCUGAAUAAGAGCGUCUCAGUGAAUGGUUCUGAAUAAGAGCGUCUCAGUGAAUGGUUCUGAAUAAGAGCGUCUCAGUGAAUGGUUCUGAAUAAGAGCGUCUCAGUGAAUGGUUCUGAAUCAGAGCGUCUCAGUGAAUGGUCUGCAGCCAGACAACAGAAAAUCUGCAGCUUUAAACUUUUUAAUAAUUCCCCUCAGAUUUAAUAUGAAUACAAAACUGUUUGUGGUUGUUGUUGUUUGUUGUAGCCUUUUUUUUCCAACUGCAAGUGGAUUUAAGUCAGCUUAAGCUUAAGACACAUCAAAAAAACAAAGUUCAUUUUUGUUCGCCAGGAAACAGGAAGUAGUUUUUCAGAGUCUUGAAACACUGGUGGAGCCCUGAAUCUUAGCAGACUGGGUAAAAAUGGGUUAAGUCUCAAAGUUUAGUCUUGUAGUGUUUGGCUCUGAGUGAUGGCUCUGACUCUUAAAAACUCUUCCUGUUUCAUGGCGAACAAAAAUUGCCAGCUUGAGGGAGGCUAGUUCAUUUCUGACAGGCAGGGAUUUUUACUGUCAUAAGCGUAAUAAAUCCAUGCUAAUGUAAUAGUCGGUACAGUCCCAUUUGUGGGAACCAUUUGAUGUUUUUAAGCAUCAUUACAUAAAAACUGCAGCUCUGUACGAUGUCGGUGGUUAUUACGGUCGCAGCAGUUAAGUCGCCAUACACGUCUGGCGUAACAGUUUCUGUAAGCUACUGAGGGGCCCGGCGUUUUCAGUCAGAGCUCCUUGGAUAAUCAGUGUUUUUAGCCAAACAGACCACUCAGUCCAUGCAGAGAUAAGCGGCCCAGAGCCAGGACUGAGUGGGAGGUCUAGCUUCAGUGCUCUGGAAUUGGUGACAGUCAGCAUUUUACAUACGGUGCAGUAGCUGCCGUGAGCCGGCUUACUCUUUGGAGUCAAAGAGUCAUAUGCAAUGAUGGUAUCUGUGUCGGCCCACAGGGGCUGUGAAUGUGAAGCCCAGUGCUAAAGUCCAGUAGUUUAGUCAUCAGAGGUUAGGAUUUGUCCAAAGUGAAGAGCUUGUUCUUGACUUAGACGAGGACAAGCUUCACAGAGCGAUGAGAGAAAAUCAAGUGUUUGUGUUUACCGUACUCACUUGCCAACAAAGUCAUUUUAAUUACCAGUAAACCAGAGAAAAUGCAAUAAAGCCAAUUAAAAUGUGACUGGUUCUGCAUGUUGUGCAUGAUUUAGAUUAACCCGACUCGUGUAUCUCUCUGGGAUUUUCUGAUUAGAUUAGACUCAGAUUCCUCUUUCCUUUCUUGGAGCGAGAAGGCGAUGCAUCGACGCUCCCAACGGGAGUGCAUCUUCGUCGUGGAGAGAAGGCGUUAGAAUAUGUGAGAACAAUAUCAGCAGGUGUUGUUUCCUAGUGAGUGUAAGUCAGGCACACUGUCCACAGGGACUGGAGCAGUGUUUGAUCAUCGAGCCUAACUGGACAAACAAAAACGUGCAUUUUUGAUUUUGUCAUCGAGAAAAUGAAAUGUAUAUACCAGCUUAUGCCAAUUCAUAAUAUUUGCACUUUGAAGAAUUUCUGUACAGUAUGAUUUGUGAAUCUGCUUAACUUGGUGUGAUGGGUAGAGAAAAGAAAACUUAGCCAUCCAAGUUUUUAACUGGAAUUCUUAAUCAUCCCAAAUGGAUAAUUUGCCUUUUGCACUUAUUUUCAAAUUGAUUUUAUUGUUAUUGUGUCUUUUUCAUCGCUUUUAGCCUCAACUGUGACAGCUAGAGUAUUGCCCAACUCUUUCAUGAUGCUUUUCUUUUCUGACUCAGCAAAAUCACGAUCUUUCAACAAAUCCAAGCUCUGCUGCAUGAUUCGUCCACCCCGACGAGUGGGCCGAUAUUAGGAUUAAUCAAGAAAGUUUCUUUGUAAAUAAAUUUAAAUAAGACGGCAGCCAAAGCCUUUUCUUUCUCUUCACCAUAAUCCUUGUAACAUCUUCUCAAACAGUUGUUAUGCAUUUAUUGUAACUGGAAUAAAAUGGACAGAAUGUCUUGCAAAAAUCGCCAAUAAAAUUCAAAAGCCUGCCA